UCAACAUACAGCAUGAGGUAGCUUUUUUCUGUAGCUACGUAGUUCCUGAUCUUGGUACGUCGUAGAAUCUUUGCAGUUGCUUUAUGUGUGGUCAUUGGCAAAAGUGGAGCCACUGAAAAGUCAUGCAAUUCUGAAUUCUGUAAACAUCUGAUAUGGCGACUUAUAAAAGAACGGAGGGAAUGGACUCAUCAAAAUCGCCAAGAAGUUCUAAAUCUCAUCAUUCAAGAUCACGAUCACGAUCCAGAGACCGGAAACGUGACAAGAAACACAGACAAAGUCGGAGCAGGAGCAAAGAGGGUCGGAGGAAGGACUCGGACGACAGACCCUCCAAAUCGCGGAAGCCGGAGGAGAGGCAGGAGCAGACGGAGCGGGCUAAGGAGCGGCUUUCCGAGAGCGGAGACGAGCGACAUCGGCGGAAAGGCGGAGCCUCGACACGACGCAGGAGCCGCUCCAGGUCACGCUCCCGGGAAAGACACCAUCGCAGCAGGAGCAGGGACCGCAAGCGGUCGCGUUCCCGUAGCCGGGAGCGGCGUUCCCGAAGCCGUGACAGGAAGCGGCGGGCGCGGUCCCGCUCCAGGUCCCGCUCCAAACACAGACACAGGAGUCGAAGCCGAAGCAAGAGCAGGGAAAGGAGGAAACGGAGCGAGAGGCCCCGAGCAUACAGCAGGAGCCGCAGUAGGUCAGUGAGCCCCCUGGUUUUCCAGGGCAGAAACACCGCUAUGGACGCCCAGGAGGCCUUAGCCAGAAGAUUGGAAAGAGCAAAGAAGCUCCAGGAACAGAAGGAGAAGGAGAUGUUGGAGGUGCAGAAACGGAGAGCUUGUCGAUACGGUAUGGCGAUGUGCGACGCUGCCGCCACGGUGGCGGCGGGAAGCUCCAUCCUGAACAUGGCGGCUUUUCUGGCCGCGGGUACGCCGGUGGCGCCCCACAUCGCCAUGGCGGCUCAGAUGGCGGCCCUGCAGGCCAAAGCGCUGGCGGAGACGGGCGCGGCCGUGCCCAGCUUCUAUAACCCCUCUGCCGUCAACGCUGUCAAGUUGGCGGAACAGGACAAGAAGAGGAAGAUGCUUUGGCAGGGCAAGAAGGAAGGGGACAAGUCACAGACAGCUGAGUUGUGGGAGAAACUCAGCUUCGGAAACAAGGACCAAAAUACUAAAUUCCGCAAGUUGAUGGGCAUUAAAGAGGAGGGCGGCGAAGCCGCGGGCCUGAUGGACGAGGAGAGCCUGAAGACCCUGAGGCAGCAGGAGGAGAUGUUCCGGAACCUGGACGUGCAGUACGAGAUGGCCCGGUCACAGACGCACACUCAGCGGGGCAUGGGACUGGGCUUUUCCUCUUCCUUCGCCUCGCGGGGGAUGGACACGUUAUGAGCCGCCGCCGCCACUGCCCUCGCCCACUCCCCGCACACUCUCGUCCCCUCUCUCUCUCUCUGCGUAGCUUCACCACAGUGCUGAAAAGUGUUCCAAGAGCUGUUUUUAUUUUUUUUGUUGUAGUCGACAAGCUUGCAUGGAUGUUGCACUGAGUAUAAUUUAUUAAGAGAAAAAAAAAACAAAAACAAAGCAUUUGUACAUUACUUUUUGUAGAUAGUGGAGUGCUAACCAUAACUGGAUUCUGUAUGUCAUCAGAAUUACGCAGGGUGUUUAAACGGACGUGGAGGGGGAGAGGGCAGCCUGGGGAAAUUACAUUACAGUUAAACCCCUCCCCCAUUAUUGUACACUAUUGUUUCCUUUUUUUGAACACCUGGCUUUUAAAUGGUGGAAUUAUACAUUAAUUGCCAGGACAAUAGAGGAUAAUUAAAAAAUACUCCAAUGUACUGACAGAGACUGAUGCAGAACUGCAGAAAACUGUGUACACGAUCGCUGUGUUCAUUUUGCAGAAGAUCGUGGGUUGUGUAACUUGUAAUACCACUGUUAGUAAUCUUACCUUUAUGUGGUCAAUGAAAAACACAAACUGACAACAAUAAUUUGCUAUGUAUAUUUAUGUUCACAUAAUGAACACAAUCACAAAUCUGUUUAUAAUGGCCAAGAAUCAAACCAGCGGCUGUCACGACCCGGCUAUGAUCAGUGUUGUCCAUUUAAACAAACCCGUUUACGCUUAUUGGAAUUUUGUUUCCUGGAAUUGUAUUGAACGUUGGUGUACUGUAAUCGGAUUAGAGGAAACCCUGGUUAAACUCCAAUGUGUCGAACUGAUCUUAUUUUCUGAAAGCUAUUCUCCUCUGACGUGGCUUUUAGAACAGCCAAUAAAUGGUACAAUUAAAGGGCUUUUCUCACA